AUGACGAUGACAAUGACCAAACUUCCACGAGAUUUGGUGGAGGAGAUUCUCUCUAGGGUUCCGGUGAAAUCUAUAAGAGCAGUGCGAUCUACUUGCAAAAACUGGAAUCUUAUAACUAAAUACGAGAGAUUUGCCAAUAAGCACAUCGACAAAGCAACAGCAUCAGAAAGAGACAAGGAGUUUCUUGUGAUCGCAGGGGAUUACUUGUUUAGCUUAAAUCUGAAUGAAACUCACAACCGCAAGUUUGAUUUAUCCAUAAACCAUAGAGGUAUAAGUAUUGCACGAGAACAUUCAGACCGAACAGUCUUUAUAGCUCAAGCCUUUCUCUCCCAAGGUUUAUUGCUAUGUGUAUGGAGAAACGUCAUAGACAACAGAAGUAGGCUUUUGGUUUGGAACCCGUAUUGGGGGAAAAAUAGAUGGAUCGAAUGCCCAAUGACAUAUUGUUUGUAUGAAUGGUUUGCUUUCGGCUAUGAUAAAUCUUCUGGUAGACACAAAAUCUUGAGGUUCAGCAGUAAUAAUGGGGACAGGUACAUGGAAAUCUACGAUUUGAGCUCUGAUUCAUGGAGGACUCUUGAUGCCGCUUCUGACAUAAAUACAAUAAAGUAUAUGGAAAGUGGCUUAUCUUUGAAGGGAAACACUUAUUGGUAUGCUAUAGAUUAUGAAACAGAAGAUUGUUUCUUACACUAUUUUGAUUUUACAAGAGAGAGGUUUGAAAAUCGUCUGCCUUUGCCUCAGCCUCCAUCGUCCUACUCUUAUGCCCAAGUUAACAUAUCUCUAUCUUCAGUUAAAGAAGAGAAGCUUGCAGUGUUAUUUUCCCCGCGGGGUAGAUUUGUGAUUGAUAUUUGGGUUACGAAUAAGACUGAGCCUGACGCUGUCUCAUGGAGCUAUUUCUUCAAAGUUGAAACGACGCAACACUUGAGUGGUUUUCUGUUUGAGAAUUUCUUGAUUGACGAGGAGAAGAAGGUCAUUGUGAUUUUUGAUAUAUAUGGCGGAGCGAACAAUGCAUACACCAUAAGUGGGGAGACUGGUCAUUUCAGAAAAGUGGAUCUCAGACAAUCUCCAUACAAACGACCUUACAGACUUGUGGGCUGUUAUAUUCCAAGCUCUGUCCAAAUCUAA